AUGUAUCGUAUUCUUCAGCAAGUAACUCAUACAAUACAAAUAGAAUUGAAGCGUAAUAAACAUUCAAUAAUAUCAUCAAAAUAUCAAAUACGACCUGUACUUUUAGAUCAAAACAAUUUUAAAACUUUAUCCAAACAAAAAGAUGAUUUGGGCUCUUCUAUCCAGGAGAAACUUCCACCAUUAACAUUAACAAAUGCAUCAGGGCAUAUAUAUACUCAGUUACUUGAUCAAGUACUUUAUAAUCAGAAAAAAUAUUCAAAUUGUGUUGUUUUGACACGCGUAGGAGGUUUUUAUGAGCUUUACUUUUCUCAAGCUGAAAAAUAUGCAUCGUUGCUUCAUAUAAAGCUUACACAUAAAGAAACAAAAUCAGGUCCUGUUCCUAUGGCGGGAUUUCCAUUUUACCAGCUUGAUAGAUAUCUUAAAUGUUUAGUUGAGGAAAUGGGAGAAUAUGUUGCAAUUAGCGAAGAAUAUAGACGGUUAGAUGAUAGUCCUGUAAAUAAAAAUAUUUAUGAGCGUCGUAUUUCACGUAUCAUUACUCCUGGUACAUUAAUUGAUGAGAAAUUUAUGGAUCUUUAUAUUAAUAACUAUCUUUUGGCUAUACAUAUGAGUUUAGAGGGUCCAGAAAACAAUAAAGAAAGUCUAUCUCGAGAAAUUAGUCUUGCUUGGCUUGAUUUAUCAACGGGUGAUUUUUUUAUUCAAACAUCUAAAUUUGAAUAUCUUUUAGAUGAAUUAGAGAGAAUCAAUCCAAGAGAAAUUAUUAUUGACAGAAUGUUUCAGGAUUUUUCAAUGGAACAUAUUUCAUCAUAUGUAAAAGAACGAGGUUGUUUUGUGACAUAUGAAACAGUUGAAAUAUCAGAUCAUAUAAUACAAAAAUGGCAAAAUAUUAAAACAAGUAAUGAAAAGAUACUAGAAUUCUCAGCCUUAGAAGAAAGUGCUGCUCUUAAAAUUUUAUCUUAUGUAAAUGAUAAAUUACAAGGAAAUGAAUUUAGUCUACAAACACCUAUAAGAAGAAAUAUAGAAGAAAAUAUUUUUAUAGACGUAAAUUCUAUAAGAGCAUUAGAAUUAAAACAAUCACUUAUGGAUGGAGGAAAAAAAGGUAGUUUAUUAUCAACUAUUAAACGGACUGUUACAGACUCUGGAUUAAGAUUACUUACAGAAUGGAUUUGUUCUCCUAUUACAUCUGUUCCCCUAAUAAAUAAAAGGUUAAAUUUGGUCGAAAUAUUCUAUCAUGAUUCGCAUCUUAGAGCUGAAAUUAUAUAUCUAUUAAAAAAAAAUUAUGACUCUCAACGUGUCAUACAAAGAAUUUCUUUAGGACGUAGAAAUGCUGAUGAUUUAUUAAUAUUGUCCAAAGCAAUAGACAAUACAAAUCAAAUAUAUUCUUGUUUAAAAAAAGUAUCUGAAAAAGAAUGCAUUAGUUCUCUUUUAAAAAGAAUUACUAUUCCUUUAGACUUAUUUAAAAAAAUUCAAGAAACAAUAGAUGAAGAAGGUCUUUUGAAAAAGCAAAAAGAAAAUGAAGAAAUGGCAGCAGAAGCUAUAAAGAAUGCAGAAGAAUUUAAAAGAGUAUCUGAAUCUGAAGAUCUUUUCAACCAUGACUCAGCUGAAUUAAAAUUUAAAAAUAAUCGAAAAGAUUUAAAGAAUAAUGAUACAUGGGUGAUAAAAAAAGAUGCCUCAUUACCCUUAAAAAAACUCCACGAGGAAUUAAAUGUUUUUUAUGAUCAAAAAGACAAACUUGAAGAAUCUUUGAGAGUAUCUCUAGGCUUAAAUAGCUUGACAUUAAAAACAACCCCUACAUUGAAUCAUAUUGUUCAUUUUCGAAAUAAAAAUUUUAAAGAAAAUAUAUUAGAAACUUAUGGAGCAAAAACUGUUAGUACUAACAAAAGUACUAGAUCAAUUGAAAUUCCGGAAUGGACUCAUCUUGGAAACAUGAUAGAGCAGACAAAAAUGAAAAUUAGGCUCGAAGAGUUUAAUUCUAUUGAUUACCUUCGAGUUGAAGUACUUAAAAAUCUUUCUGUGUUGCGAAAAAAUGCAAAAGUUCUUGAUGAAUUAGAUAUUAUAUCUUCAUUUGCAACUUUGGCUCAAGAACAGAAGCUUGUAAGGCCUAUAUUAAACACAGGAGUUACGCAUAAGGUAAUAUCAGGACGUCAUCCUAUUGUAGAAGCUGGUUUAUAUAAUCGUGGACUUGUUUUUGUGCCAAAUGAUUGUUUUUUGGAAGAAGAGAACCGUAUAUGGUUUAUUACAGGGCCAAAUAUGGGAGGAAAGAGUACAUAUUUACGUCAAAAUGCUAUUAUUUCAAUUUUAGCACAAAUAGGCUCAUUUGUACCGGCAACACAUGCUGAAAUUGGUGUAGUCGAUCAAAUAUUUAGUAGAAUUGGGUCUAGCGACAAUCUUUAUAAAAAUCAAUCGACUUUUAUGGUAGAGAUGUUAGAAACAGCUAAAAUUUUAAAAAGAGCAACAUCAAAAUCUCUUGUUAUUAUGGAUGAAAUAGGCCGUGGAACUACAUAUAAAGAUGGUCUUGCAAUAGCUUAUGCAUGUCUAUAUCAUCUUCACCAUAUUAAUAAAUCCAGAGUAUUAUUUGCUUCUCAUUUCCAUGAGCUAGCAAAUAUGAUUUCUUUAUUUAAUAGUGUAUCAAUGUAUUGUACGAAAAUUUUGGAAGAAAAUGAUGGAUCAUUUCGUUUUCUUUAUAAAAUAGUUGAAGGCGUUAAUAAAAAUUCUCAUGGACUCAAAGUUGCAGUAAUGGCAGGAUUGCCGCAAAAAGCAAUAGAAGUAGCAAAAGAAACUCUAAAAAAGCUAAAUGAAACAGAAAUAAAUAUAUAA